AUGAGCGAGACUUCUAGAAAAAAACAGACACACGACAGAAAAGAGCGCAAUCCUACGUGUACGCUCUGCAUCAAUCAUGGAGUCCGAUCGAAAUUCAAGGGUCACAAACGCCUUGGUUGUCCGUUUUUGAGCUGCCACUGUGAGCUGUGUGUAAACGGUCGUCAAAAACGAGUCACUAUGAAAAAGCAAGUUCGUCUUCGGCGAAAGCAAAUGAAAGAUAUCGGAAGAAGGAAUAAUCAGUGCAUUUCACCCGCCGUGGAGCCCACUCGAGGUAACAGAACAAUUUUUAUGUGUUGUUUUUCAUUUCACCGAAUGUCAUUUUUCCUUUGGUGUAAAUCAAGCAUUAUCUUUAUGUACCUUCAUGUCUACAGUUAAAACAGUUAGAGAGUCUAGCGCUUUUGGCUUUGUUUCCUUGGAUUUAAGCUGAUCAUUUAAAUAAACAACAUUCUUUCGGACGUGCUAGUGAAGUUGUUGCAACUUCCAACUUGUUCUCUUUUUAAAAUUGUUUAUUUGAAACUCAGAAGAAAUAUCAGAAACGCAUUUUGUUAAUGGUUUUAUACGCUUAAGGAAAGUUUCUUUCUCUGUUAUUAAAAGUUUUCUUUAAUGGCUAUCAAAUGGUUUUCCAAAUGAACCAAUUUUUUUUUAAACGAAGCUGUUUGAUCAAAUUUGCAGUGAGUUUCUUUCCUACGGUUGUUAAAACUGGAUCGCCUUUCACCGAAGAAUACAGCACCGUCAACGGACUUGAAAAGACAACGAAAAACGGAAAUGGAGGAUUGAUUCAGAGUGUGUCCAACAUUUUGCAUUCUCAGUUCGGGGUCGUUGGACAACAUCCACUCAACUGUAGUGCUUACUUGUCUACACCUUACCAGCCUCAAUGGACCGUAGGGGAUGUUUACCUGGGCGGCUUUCAUUACAACAACUGGCAGGCAUCAGAACGGACAGCCUCUCACUCUGUGAUCGAACCUCUAACAAGCCCUAACUUGGCCUUUUCGGACAACAGCGCUAUUUUGAAGUACCGCAAUCUUUCCCCGAGAACGGAAAGCAACUCCUUCAGUCUCAGUACGUCUUUGGAAGCCGCCGCCGUUUUGGCGUCAUUUGCGGGAAAUCAGAAACACCGAGUGCCGAAACUUUGA